AUGGCAUCCAACAACCUACCUUUAAAUCCACCAUUCACUUUCACCGGUGAAAAUUACCAAAUCUGGUCUGUGAAGAUGCAAGCUUUUCUGGAAGCCUAUGAACUUUGGGAAACUGUGACGGAAGAUAAACCACUUGCUGCUCUACCAACAAAUCCUACCUUGGCUCAAAUAAAAUCCAACAACGAAGAGAAGGCAAAGAAAUCUAAAGCCAACUUGCUUAUGCAGAAUGCUGUGGCAGAUUUUGUUUUUUACAGAAUCAUGGCUUGCAAAACAACAAAAGAGGCUUCGGAUAGGUUGAAAGAAGAAUAUCAAGGCAGCGAUAGAACACGUCAAAUACAAGUGUUGAACCUGAAAAGAGAGUUUGAGUUCUUGAAUAUGCAGAAGGAUGAAUUAAUCAGUAAGUAUGUUGAUCGAAUCUCCUUAAUUGUUAAUAACAUUAGACUUCUUGGUGAAGAAUUUACAGACAAACGAAUUGUGGAUAAAUUUCUUGUGACUCUUCCUGAGAGGUUUGAAUCUAAGAUUUUCUCUCUUGAAGAAUCCAAGGACCUAGGAAAACUUUAA